AUGGGUAGGGGUAAGGCAGGAUACCACGUAGCGUCCGAGAUGGCCCGCAACCCCAGACCCCGCAGGCUCUGUGAAACAGUCGGAUGCAAGAAGCAACCAACGUACGGAGAGCGUGGGAACAAAAAAGCGACACGCUGCUCCACCCACAAGGCUAUCGACAUGAUAAAUUUCAAGGCGACACGAUGUGUUGUAGAGGGCUGCGGGAAGUCUGCAAACUUCGGCUUCGAGGGGAAGGCGCGACGCCGCUGCUCGAAACACCAGGAAGCGGGCAUGACAUGUCUCUCUGCUGCACGGUGCACCUUCAAGGGCUGCCCCACGGCUGCUUCUUACGGAUUCGCUGGAAAGAAGAAGUGUCGAUGCACGAAGCACAAGGAGGAAAAGAUGAUACUUUUUGGUGCGAAGCGCUGUGGUGUCGACGGGUGCUCCACGCAACCCAAGUUCGGUCGUGCUGGAGAGAAGCCGACUCGCUGUUCGAGGCACAAAGACGAUGACAUGGUCGAUCUCGGUGCCAGAAAGUGCGAAGAGAGAGCGCUGCGCGAAGAGCUGAAGCAGUUGCUGCCGGAGUUCGAGCUCGACUUCAACAAGCGGAUCGACGGCGAGACGUGCCACGCGAUCCGCCCCGACGUCUUCGUGGACUUACUCACGCACGUCAUCGUGAUAGAGAACGACGAGAAUCAGCAUAAGGGGGGUUUUAGGGUUCGUACUCAUGCGAGAACAAGCGGAACAUGA